GCCGCUCAGCCGUCGAUCUUCGCUUCCCUCACCAUAAACAAAUGUCCUCUAGCAAGGCCGGAGUGCUCUAGAGUAUACGAGGCGUACAGUCAUCGUCCAGGCUGACAUAUACGGUCGCUCCCAGAUGGCCAAUUUGUGGCCUGAGCCGGAUGGAGCAUCACGGUGCUCUUGCAGCACGUCGCCCCAUAUUUCCGGAUUUUGGUGGAAGGACGCUUCGGAGGCUGCGCUGCCGGCGCGCCCACGAAUUCACUCACGCCUCAAGCACUUGCGGCGAUCUCAGCACUGAUCACCAUGAAGGACAUUGGAGGCGAAACCUCUCUGUCGACAUGGAUGUCCCCACAGCGAUCCGAGAAGGUUCAUGGUUCACGUUGAAGAAUUGGAGCGAUAUCAUGGGAGGUGCCAGCCUCAACGACAAGACAGGAGUACACCGUUACGCAGUCGUCCACGUCCGUGCUGCAACGCGUCUGCCGUCCAGAUAGACUCAGCCGCUAGCGCGCGGUUCUGGCAGGCGGUGGGGUGAAUGCCCGACUUACGCCCGCUUUCCAUCCCUGGAUGAUUCAUGCGAAACGAAAGCGGUAUUAGGCGGCGUCGAUUGCCCUCAUAUAUCCCCGGGCAGACACUACAACAUAUCUCACGUCCACCCCCCAUUCCACGAUGGAGAUCCCUUCGUUGAACGCUAUCUUAGCUUUUCUGGCUGUCGGUGGGGGCUUCCUAUUCAUUCGCUGGCGCCUGAAUCCACUGAGUCGCAUUCCGACCGUGGGGGGUCCUUCCAUUCCUGGUCUUUCAAUCCUCUCAACUGUCAACUUCCUGCGCAACAGUAAGGAUCUGCUUGUUCAGGGGUACGAGAAGUACCGGGGCAGUACGUUCAAGGUUGCGCUGCUAGAUCAGUGGCUGGUCAUUGUCAGUGGCUCGGAAUUGGUAGACGAGGUCAGGAAACGCCCAGAGUUGUCUCUUGCCACAUUCCUCGAAGAUAUCUUUCAAAUGAAGCAUACUCUUGGGCCCGACGCUUUGGGGGACAACUUCCACGUUCCCAUCAUCAGAGAUCAACUGACGCGGUCUCUGGGUUCGGCUCUUCCUGAGGUCAUUGAGGAACUAUCCAUCGCGCUCCCCCAAUGUAUCCCCGGUACUAGCAGUGACUGGGUCAGCGUGAACGUAUCACACGUCUCGCAGAAGCUAAUAACGCGCGCCAGCAGUCGAAUCUUCGUCGGACAGCCCCUUUGCCGCAACGAGGACUAUCUCAAAAUCGCACUUGACUUUACCAUGGAUGUCGUGAACGAUAGGCUGACCAUGAGCAAGAUGCCGGACUUCUUAAGAACACCUGUAAUGUCUUGGACGAGUUCGACACGGCGGAGCGUGGCUCGUUCGAUCCCGCUUUUAAAACCCAUCAUCGACCAGCGCAAAGCACUGAUGGAGGAGUACGGAGCUGAUUGGACUGACAAGCCCAAAGAUGUCUUGCAAUGGGUUCUGGAUGAAGCGGUACCUCGGAAUCUAUCAGAUGAGAGGGUAGCAAUGCGAUUACACUUGGUCAACUUUGCGGCCAUUCACACAUCAUCUAACAGCUUGGUCCAUGCGCUGUACGACCUCGGAGCUUUCCCGGAAUAUAUCCAACCUAUUCGCGAUGAGAUUGAAUCAAUAGUCGCGGUCGAUGGCUGGACGAAGGAGGGUAUCAGCAAGAUGUCGAAGCUAGACAGUCUCCUCAGAGAGUCACAACGCAUCCACGGUAUCAGCCUCAUUUCCGUAACACGCAAGGCUAUGGCAGACGUCACCCUCCGCGAUGGUACGUUCCUCCCGAAGGGCACCUGUGUCGCUGCAGCGACGUGGGCCACACACUAUGAUGAGGGCAACUUCGAGAAGGCGGCGGCUUUCGACGCUUUCCGUUUCUCCCGCAUGCGCGAAGCACCCGGGCAAGGCACAAAACAUCAGUUUGUCCAUACCUCGGUGGAGUACAUACCUUUCGGUCAUGGUGCCCACGCCUGCCCGGGCCGAUUCUUCGCAUCAAACGAGAUCAAGGCCGUCCUCGCGUUCCUGCUAGUCAACUACGACAUCCAGUUUGAACCCGGGCAGUCCCGACCUGAUAACAUUUUCAUCGCAGAGAAUAUACUCCCGAACCACGACGCGAAGAUGUUGUUCAGGCGACGCGGGACUUUGGAGUUGCAUUAGGCAUCCUCCCUUGAUGAGUACUGUCUCAAUCCUUUGUAUACUACAUAGCUGCAGUAUAAGUUAUCGAUGUAGAGGUUUAGCGC